AUGCGCGCUGCCGUCAGCUGGCGCCGAGGAAGCAGCAUCAUGGCGGCGUCCGCAGGCAACGUGCACGGUGCAUUACGGAGAGCCAUGGUCCCGUCGUUGGUGGUGAUUUUGGGAGCUACCGGUACCGGGAAGUCCAAGCUGGCGGUCGAGCUCGGGAGGCGGCUUCAGGGGGAGAUCAUCAGCGCGGACUCCAUGCAGGUGUACCAGGGCCUCGACAUCAUCACCAAUAAGGUGACGGCUGAGGAGCGCGCCCAGUGCAGACAUCACAUGAUCAGCUUCGUGGACCCGUUGGUCAGCAGCUACACGGUAGUGGACUUCAGGAACAAAGCUCUGGCUCUAAUAGACGACAUGCACAGCAGAAACAAACUGCCGGUCGUCGUAGGAGGAACCAACUAUUACAUUGAGUCACUGCUGUGGAGAGUGCUGCUGGAUACAGGGCGGGAGAACGAGGAGCCAGCAGACGGAGGAGACGGGGCCCCAGACAGGAAGUUGGAGCUGGAGAAAAUGGGAGGAGCUGAGUUACAUAAACGACUGGCUGAAGUGGACCCCAAAAUGGCCGCCAUGUUGCACCCCAAUGACAAACGCAAGAUAGCCAGGAGUCUUCAGAUCCACGAGGAGACGGGCGUACCCCACAGCCACUGGCUGGAGGAGCAGAGGGGGCAGCAGGGAGGUGAUGAGCUGGGGGGGCCGCUGAGGUACCCAGACCCCUGCAUCUUCUGGCUGCACGCUGACAUGGACGCUCUGGACAAGCGCCUGGAUGCUCGUGUAGAUGAGAUGUUGUCUGCAGGACUCAUAGACGAGCUCAGAGACUUCCACGUCCGCUACAAUCAGCAGAAAGUCCAGGACGACAGUCAGAACUAUCAACAUGGGAUUUUCCAGUCGAUCGGUUUUAAGGAGUUUCACGACUACCUGACCGCUCCUGAAAGCAGCACCCAGCAGGAGAAAGACGUGCUCCGAGAUAAAGGUAUCGAAGCUUUGAAGAUCGCUACGAGGCGUUACGCCCGCAAACAGAAUAAAUGGGUCCGUAACCGCUUUCUUAAACGACCAGGAGACAACGUGCCGCUGGUGUUUGGCCUGGAUGUGACGGACGUGUCGAGGUGGGAGGAGACGGUGCUGAACCCUGCACUGCAGAUACUGGACAGUCUGAGAAAGGGGGAGGAGCCAGCUAUUCAGCCAAUCAGAGUGCAGGGGGCAGAGCAGAGAAACAAACGGAGCCACCACACAUGUGACCUGUGUGACAAAGUGAUCAUUGGUGACCUGGAGUGGACAGCUCACCUGAAGUCCAAAAAGCAUCACUAUCAUGUGAGGAAGAAGAUGAAGUUGGAUCCAGCCUGCGACCAGUCCCAGUUAACAGCUGCACCUCCUGUCUCUGCUGCAGAGCCUGUGGAGAGCGUCUCCGAGGACCCUGGUGCUGCUGUCGCCUCGAGCACUGCCGACACCUCUCAGGAUUCUUCCCCAGACAGCAGGACACCACACGAGGAAGUACCUGAGACGUGUAGAGAGUGACACAGACUCUGGACUACAGACGUCAUUCAGGUUUCCAGCACUGCUCUGCACUAACAGCUGUUUCCCUACAGUCCUUAAACUUUACCAUAAAGCCAAACUGGAGCUCUUUUAAAUUCUUGUUAUAUGAAUGGGACAAAGGACCCACUGAGGCAUGUAGACACAGACACACUGAACGUGGACGGCAGAGAACAUGUUGGGAAUACUGGAGUCGUAGCAGCACUGAUGUUGACGCUCAGGACAGUUCAACAGUGUGCUCUGCUUUUUGCUUUUUGGCAAAUGCAUCCAUCUUUUUUUCCACUGCCUGAAAAUAUUUUCCAGAGAAUUGUAAGAGAGGUUUAUUUUUCUAUUUUUAAAUGAAGUGAGGAUCGUUCAGACUGUAGCUGCAGACUGAAGAUCAAUUUCAAAUGUCUUAUCAUUUCAGGAUUUAAAUCUUGUUGCCUUAUUAGCUUUAUCACCAUGCACUUUAAAUUCACCCCGUUGGUUAAAAAUGUUCAAUAAACCAAAGGAUCUUA